ACCUAGGUACCUAGGUACCUAGGUAGCUAGCUACCCUUGUCACUGAGCCGAACCAAGUGUGUAAAACGAAUUGUCGGGAUGGAGCCCCACCAUAGACCCUCCACGUCGACAACCAAGUCCUACGCCUCGGACUACCGCCCAACCACUCCCCCACUCCACAGACAACCAGCCCAACAUGUCGCACCCGAGAAUAGAGGAGGUGGAGGAGAGCGACGUCGAAAUGUCCGACCCCUCGGAGGGCGACAUCGACGACUUUGUCGAGUCCGACAUCAUUCGCGCGCGCACCGACAAGAAGCAGGCGCCGGCGGCAGCAGCAGCAGCAGCAUCCUCCCACCUCAUGAACCCGUCACAAAUACCCUCGCUCUCGAGAGGGCCGGGCCACGGCGACGACUUCCAGACCACGGCCAACCAAAAGGCCUACGCGGGCUUCCAGUGCCUGUACCCGCUCUACUUCGACGCCGCCCGCACGCGCGCCGAGGGCCGCCGCAUCCCCAAGGAGCUGGCCGUCGCCAACCCGCUCGCCCGCGAGAUCAUCAACGCCUGCCGCGACCUGCGCCUGCAGACCCUCUUCGAGCCCGAGAAGAUGCACCCCAAGGACUGGGCGAACCCGGGCCGCAUCAAGGUCCAGCUCAAGCCCAUCGUGCGCGACGGCCGCACAAUCCAGCCCUCCAACGCCUCCGGCGUCAAGAACAAGCACCAGCUGUACCUCCUCAUCGCCCAGCACCUGCGCAACAACCCCACCAACGACCGCAGCCAGGCCCUCUGGGAGCGCGUCCCCGGCGCACCGGCACCGGACCGGUCGAAGCCUUACCCAAAGCCUGCCGUGCCCCGCGGGUGGAAGAUCGGCGAGUUCCUGCCUUAUUACAGCCCUGCCAUGACCGGCGGCGGUGUGAGUGAGAACUUGUUCAAGGACAUGAUGAAGGAGAUGCAGGGCGGUGGUGACAUGGCGAGCCUGCUGGCUGGAGCGGGCGCCGGAGGAGGCGGCAGCGGCAAUGCGAGCGAGGACGGGGCCGGGAAGAAAAAGAAGGACAAGAAGGGCAAGGGCAAGGCAUGAGGACUCUGACGGCGAAUUGUAUCCUUACUUGGUGUCUCCGGCUUGACAAGGACUCAAAUAUGUCUGGAGCUACCGGUCGACGUGCGUCCAAGCCCCGAUCUCGGUGGGAGAAUGCUUGGGUUUGCCCAUUGUGCAGACGCAGACCACACGGGAGAGACAGGGGCCAGCACUUACGCCGUUAAAAGCAGAUAUGCGGCUGCGAAGCCUAUGGACUGGGAGCAGACAUCCCUCUAGGGGGCCCUGCUAGAUCUACAAGGGAAGAUGUUUGCCAGCAAUGAAUCAAUGCUAAAACAUAAGCUUG